UAUUUCCUGCAUGAAUCUUUAAUAAAACUGUAUUACAUAACUUCGAUAGAUGAAUGUGUGAAGGAUAAUAACGAUGUUCAUGACUGCCCAGAUACAGCGGGAUGUUCUGUAGCUAGCCGACUUACAACUGCCUCUUUUAAGGAACACAUUUGUUGUGUCCCUCUGACAGACCUGACACACAGCAGCACACGGAAGAUGGAUAGCGGUUACGGGUUCUCCAGUGACAUGUUCAGCGGCCGGGCGGUGCUAGGAGAGGACAGCUCCGUCAUGGCCCGCAUGCAGAAGAAGUUCUGGAAGACCAAGCAGGUUCUGAUCAAGGCCACGGGAAAGAAGGAGGAUGAGUACGUGGUGGCGUCCGACGCUGACCUGGACGCCAAACUGGAGUUUUUCCGCUCAGUGCAGGCCACGUGUACGGAGCUGCUGAAGGUGAUAGAGAAGUACCAGGAGCGCAUUACGCACCUGUCCCAGGAGGAGAACGAGCUGGGCCUGUUCCUUCGCUUCCAGGCCGAGCACGACCGCACCAAGGCGGGGAACAUGAUGGACGCCACCAGCAAGGCCCUGUGCACCUCCGCCAAGCAGAGGCUUGCGCUCUGCGCCCCGCUGCAGCGGAUGGAGCAGGAGGUGGAGACGUUCCGGCGGCGUGCCAUCACGGACACGCUGCUGACGGUGGGCCGCAUGGAGAAGGCCCGCACCGAGUACCGCGGCGCCCUCCUCUGGAUGAAGGACGUGUCUCAGGAGCUGGACCCCGACACCUACAAGCAGCUGGAGAAGUUCCGCAAGGUGCAGGCACAGGUGCGGAGCACGAAGGGCCAGUUCGAAAAACUGAAGAAUGAUGUGUGUCAGAAGGUGGACAUGUUGGGAGCCAGCCGCUGCAACAUGCUUUCCCACUCCCUCACCACCUACCAGACCACCCUCCUGCACUUCUGGGAGAAGACCGCUCCCAUGAUGGCUGGCAUCCACGAGACCUUCAAGGGCUACGUGCCGUAUCAGUUCACCACACUGAAGGACCUGCGGGACCCACUGGAGCAUCUGACAGAGGGAGAAAAACAAGAGAAGAAUGCAGAGGGCACCGCUCAGAAGCACACUGACAAAUUGAUAUCACUGGAAGAGGACAAAGCGGCCAGCUCUGCCACAGACGCGGUCUCCACCCACAGUGCUGACGGGCAGAGCCGGGACAGUGACAGCUCUCUGUGUGCCAGUCUGGACUCUGCCCUGUGUGAGCUCACCGGCCCCCUCAGUGCCCCUGACACUGAUGAUGACCUCCUGCUCAUGACGCCUGACCCAACCCCGCUCCCACCACCUCACCUCCCCCCGCCCACAGCGCCCCCUGCUGCCGGCAUGGGCUUCAUCCACUCCCCACCAGGGGGAGCCCUGGAGCCCAUCCCCACAACAUCCUCUGGGCAGGGAGCCAGAGACCUGCUCCUGGAUGUCCCACAGCAGAAGCCUGCCCAGCUGCAGCAGCGGCAGCAGCAGGAGGAAGAGGAGGAUGGAGAGAGGGCGGACCUGUCCUUUCUGCAAGAGAUUCUGAGCCCGGGCCCAGCAGGGAGCAACGAGUUCAGCCGCGAGUGGCAGGACGCCUUCGGCUGCUUCGAGUCUCCGCCUGCCCCUGCUCCCGCCCCCGCCCCGGCCGCCCCCGCCCUCUCCCCCUCUCACCUCUCCAGCCCUUCCGGCUUCCUGCCCUCGCAGCUCCUGGACCAGAGCCUGAGCUCCACAGGCUGGGCAACCCCGCCAAUGUUCCAGGCCCCUCCCCUUCAGCCCCCACAGUCUACUGACCAGGCUCCACCCACUCAAAGUGCUCCCAAGAUGACAGCCAAUGUCCCCGCCGGCUCGGCCCGUGACAUGUCCGCCUGGUUCAACCUCUUCGCCGACCUGGACCCCCUGUCCAAUCCCGACGCCAUCGGCCGCUCCGAUGACGAGCUGCUCACCGCCUGAGGAGGGCACCGUGGAGCAGCACGGCAGGGGAGCCGGCGCGUGUGUGCAUGCGUGUGUGCGUGUGUGUGAGAGGAAGCAGAGAAAGAGUGCAUCCUC